AUGGCGUAUCUGGGAAAGACUCUGCACCGGAAAUAUGGUCCUGUUGUGCGCGUUGGACCGAAUGAAGUUUGGUUUAAUACAAAGGAAGCUUUCCAUGCUAUUUACAGCAGUGGAAGUGGCUAUGAAAAGUCGGAUUUUUACUUGGCAACCGCUCUCAACAAACCUCACAUCAAUUGGCACCUCAAUCCCGAAUUCCCAGACACUCUCGAUCUUUUAUCAGAGAGAGAUAUAAGACGCUACCGUCUCCAACGUCGCCUCAUUGGUCCAGUGUAUCAAACUUCUAGUCUCAUACAACACGAAGCUGCUGUCGACGAGGUUCUCACGCGCACCAUUGCCAAACUAAAGAGCUUGAAUGGUGCCCAGGUCGAACUCAACGAAUGGAUGCACAUCAUCGCUGUCGAAUGUCUCAGCGCAAUCGUUCUCUCAUGGUCACCCAGCAUGCUAAAGAAUGGUACUGAUAACGGCUCUGGUACUCAUGCCUACCAUGGAUGGAGGCGAAAGAGUGUCUUUGGACUAUUUCCUCUAGCUGCCAAACUCGAGUUCUUGUCAAAGUCAACCGGACGAUUCUUUAGUACCAUUUGGGGCGUCAACUUCCAGCCCCCGAAAGAUUUUCGACCUUUCUUUCCUGACGUUGGCAAGAGAGCGUCGCGGCGCAUCAAUGCAGCCACGAAAUCCAAACAUCACAAAGAUGAUCGUCAAGAUCUUCUAAAGGAUCUCAUCCAACUACACAAAUCCAAGCCUGAGUUUACGGUGAAUUAUCUUCGGAAAAUGGUAAUCACCAACUUUGGCGCUGGCCACGAGACAAUGGCCUCGACUCUAACGUCCAUAAUCGCCAUGCUUGGCUCAAAUGGGGGUAUACAAGAACAGGUAUCCCGUGAAAUCCUCGAAACGAACAACCCGAUUGAUUACUCUAGUGCAACACGUUUACCAGAGACUCAAUCUCUUAUCAAAGAAGCCAAGCGCCUAUAUCCCGUCAUCAGCAUGUCCCUGCCCCGCAAAGUACCUGCAGGUGGUCUUCAUCUUCACAACUACUAUUUCCCACCCGACACAACAGUUGGCUGCAACCCAGUAGCACUGCAUCGGAAUCCAGAUAUCUUUGGCUCUGAUUGUGAUGAGUUCAAACCAGACCGCUGGUUGACCACAGACCCUGAUGUAGCACGCAACAUGGAGCGUGUAAGUCUGAGCUGGGGCGGUGGCGCGAGAACAUGCCCUGGACGGCACUUGGCAGAGCUUGUAGUCUUCAAGGUCAUUCCUGCUCUUGUCAAAGAGUUUGAAAUUGAGGCCGUUGUGCCGCCUGAAGACGAGAAUCGUUCAUAUUUCUUGUCCAUGUUGACGGGUGUCAAAGUCAGGUUUAUCGAAAGAGUGACAGCCGAUUGA